CAUCAAUCUACAAGCAAAGAGAUAUACAGGGAAAGGAAAACAGAGAGAAAAUGACUAGCUUAUUCUCAAAAGGGUCUAUUCUAGUCAUUCUCCUUUUAGCAAUUUGCUUGGUUAGUGCAGCUCAGCAAUGUCGCCCAAGCGGAAGAAUCAGAGGAAGGAAACCACCACCUGGACAAUGUAACCAGGAGGAUGACUCUGACUGCUGUAAAGCUGGAAAAAUGUACCCAACCUACACUUGCUCGCCACCCAUGUCUGGUAACACCCAGGCAUACCUCACUCUCAACAGCUUUGAGGCAGGUGGUGAUGGAGGAGGCCCAUCCGAAUGUGACGGCAAGUAUCACAAUGACAAUACUCCAGUUGUUGCAUUAUCCACCGGAUGGUACAACGGUGGGUCAAGGUGCCUUAACAACAUCAGCAUUAGUGGUAAUGGGCGUAGCGUGGUGGCCAUGGUGGUGGAUGAGUGUGACUCUACUGAGGGAUGUGAUGCUGACCAUGAUUAUCAGCCUCCUUGUCCCAACAACAUUGUUGAUGCCUCCAAGGCUGUCUGGAAAGCCUUGGGUGUAUCUGAGGACAACUGGGGCGGCUUGGAUAUCACAUGGUCCGAUGCUUAGUUACAUUAGAGUUUCUCCAAGUUGUUGCUUAUUUUCUUUCUUCUUUGGGGUUUGAUUCUGCUUAUUUUUGUUGUAUGCGUGCGUCUAUGUGUGUGGAAUGUAUCAUAUGUACAUUAUAGAAAGUGAAUAUAGAAGACUUCUGUUUAUGUGAACAAACUAAAUCUUCUGUGAUAUUUUACUUGAAAGGAUCUAGUUGUGAAAUAUAGAAUGGACUUGAAACUUCUAUGCUUUCUAAUGAAA